CUCCUUUCUACCUCUUCUACGCCUGAGAAAGAGAAAAUCUCAACUGUUCUUCCUUUUGCGCCUCUUCUUACAUUGUGCUGCACUUCACUGUACGGUACUGCAUACCCCUACCCUGAGCCUCGAAGCUUCCACCUGAGCUACUGUGGGCAGUCUAGCACCAAGACCCAUGCUUCGCCUUAGAUAAUUAACGAGAUCUCUCUCAGCCCCAACCACCACCUUUCCGAUCCCGACUGCCAAGCUGAACGAGGCAUUCUCGCCCCCUUCGAUUUUCGCCGCUUUAUAAGAUAUACCGAUAUCGUGAGCUUCCGCAACCUGUUCAGCACAGCUUGAGCGCCCAAAAGCUCCUCCCUACAAACAAUGGCUCCUCCCCCUCCGGCCAAUCUGCCUCUCCAGCAGAGGGUGAUUAAACUCGCCCAGACUCUCCAGUUUGCCUGGUUCUGCGGCCACCUCACCCUUUUGUUUUGCUCGCUCCGCUAUGGUCUUUCCUACAUCACUACCCACUGGUAUUCGAAGUGGGCUAGGUUCUCCUACCGCACGGCUUUCGUUGCAGCUGCCGCAACCUAUGGCAUUGUAGUUUACAAGGCGUACCGUGCUCGGGCGCGGACAAACGGCAAACAGCAACCUGGCGCUCUGGCGUUGCUCAGUGAUGAAAAUGUUCAAUAUUUGGCUAUGGCUUUGGUCUGGUUGUUUUUCCACCAGAUCCCCUUGGCCAUUCUUCCAUUUGCCGUCUACUCCGUCUUCCACGUUGCGACUUAUACCCGUGCCAACCUGAUCCCCACCAUUCAACCUCCGCAGGCGACCCCCGCAGGCGCCAAACCCGCGUCCAACAAGCUUGCUGACACCAUUGGCAAGUUUGUCAAGGAGUACUAUGACGCCAGCAUGCACGUGGUUGCUGUGCUUGAGAUCCUUUUGUUUUUCCGUCUGCUUGCCGGUGCACUCACUUUCGGCAAGGGAACCUGGAUCUUGUUUGGCAUCUACAGCGUUUUCUUCCGCGCAAGAUAUUCGCAGAGCAGCUUCGUUCAGCAUGCCAUUGGCAACGCCGUUGCGCAUGCUGAUGCCAUUAUUGCAAACCAGAGCACCCCUCCGGUCGUUCGUCAGGCUUGGGACAGCAUCAAGGGCGUCACCCGGCAAGCUGUUGACGCAACUGAGGCUCGUCGUUACACGGGCGCUGCGGGUCCUGGCGUGAAGAAGGCUCAGUAG